UUCCUGCCAGGCAAAAGAACCAGCCCGAUCCGCCUUACCAACCUGCGUGUUAUCCCCCCGGCGACGACUGAGACCGGCGUUCCUCGAUUUCCGCGACUUUCCCGAUCUCCAGCGUUUGAAUAAUAUCCGCAAACAUGUCGCGUUUCUUCUACGGUGGCGGUAGCGACAGCGAGUCCAGCUCCUCUGACGAGGAGGAGCUCUACAGUGAUCGCGAGGAGGAGGAGCAGUCCGAGGAGGAGUCCAGCGAGGAGGAGACUGAGGAGGAGGAGGAGUCCUCGUCCGAUGACGAGGAUGCCGGCAAGACCGGUGCGAACCGUUUCAUGAAGAAUGUCUCCGAAAGCGAAGAGAGCGAAGAUGAGGAACGAGUAACUAUUGUCAAGAGUGCCAAGGACAAGCGGUUGGAGGAACUCGAAAACACCGUCAAGUUGAUCGAAAAUGCCGAGAAGAUCAGCGAUUGGGCGGUCAUCUCGACAGAGUUCGACAAGCUGAACCGUCAAAUCGUCAAGAUUGUCCAGUCUGGCCCCACCCCCAAGAUCUACGUCAAGACUGUUGCGGACCUGGAGGAUUUCGUCAACGAGACCAUCUCGAAGCAGAAGUCGAGCAACAAGAAGAUGAACGCCAGCAACGCCAAGGGAUUCAACGCCGUUAAGCAGCGUAUCAAGAAGAACAACAAGGACUACGCCGUUCAGAUCGACAAGUACAGGCAGAACAAGGAUGGCUUCAUGGAAGCCAAGGAGGAAGUGGCCCGUCCCGUCGCCGCCGCCCCUCGCCUGACCAAGAUCGAGCGUAUCGAAGCCCCUGUUCUUUCCACCGCCGGUGAUGACGAUGGUUUCGCAACCGUCGGCCGUGGCGGCAAGACCCUCCAGUACACCCCCGAGAGCAUCCUGAAGCACCUCCGUGUUAUCGUUGAGUCCCGCGGAAAGAAGAACACCGACCGUCUGGAGCAGAUCCGCACGAUGGAGAAGCUGCUGGAGGUUGCUCAGACCCCUUACCAGCGUAUCCGCAUCUACUUGACCAUGAUCUCCACCCGCUUCGAUCUCACCUCUUCCUCCACCAGCAACUACAUGGCCGUCGAUCAGUGGAAAUUCGCCGAGCAGGAGUUCGCUACCCUUCUGUCCGUUCUCGAGAACAACCGCACCUAUGUCGUGACCGAGGGUGCUGAGGAGUGGGAGGAUGAUGAGAAGCAGCCCACCCCCGCCCCCGGCGAGGUCCUUCACAUCCCCGGCAGCAUCGUCUCGUAUGUCGAGAGACUGGAUGAUGAGCUCACCCGUUCCCUGCAGCACAUCGACCCCCACACUGCCGAGUACAUCGACCGUCUGGGUGACGAGAAGCAGCUGUACGCCAACCUUGUCCGCACCCAGGCCUACGUUGAGGGUCUUACUCAGUCCGAGAAGACCGAUCCCCGCCAGGACAGCCUUAACCGCGUGGUCAUGAGGAGACUGGAGCACAUCUACUUCAAGCCUUCCCAGGUCGUCACGAUCCUGGAGGAGGGUACCUGGAAGGUCCUUCCCUCCGAGCUGGACACCAACAUCACUCCUCGUGGCAACACCGGCGAUGUGACCAACCUUGUGCAGACCCUUUGCAGCUACCUGUUCAAGCACAGCGACGGUAUCAUCCGUGCUCGUGCCAUGCUGUGCCAGAUCUACUUCCUUGCUCUGCACGACCAGUACUACCGCUCUCGUGACCUGAUGCUCAUGUCCCACCUUACCGAGAACAUUGCCAACUUCGACGUUUCCACCCAAAUCCUCUUCAACCGCACCCUUGUUCAGAUCGGUCUGUGUGCCUUCCGUGCUGGCCUGAUCUACGAGGCCCAGAACACCCUCUCCGAGGUCUGCGGCAGUGGACGUCAGAAAGAGCUGUUGGCUCAGGGUAUCAUCCUCCAGCGCUACUCCACCGUCUCGCCUGAACAGGAGCGUCUGGAGCGUCAGCGUCAGCUGCCCUUCCACAUGCACAUCAACCUGGAGCUCCUCGAGUGCAUCUACCUCACGUCGAGCAUGUUCCUGGAGGUUCCUCUGAUGGCUCAGACUUCUUCCUCCCCCGAGAUGAAGCGUCGUGUCAUCUCCAAGACCUUCCGUCGUAUGCUGGACUACAACGAGCGCCAGGUCUUCACUGGUCCCGCUGAGAACACCCGUGAUGGUGUCAUCAUGAGUGCCAAGUUCCUCGCCGCUGGUGACUGGAAGAAGGCCGCUGAGAUGCUCAACUCGAUCAAGAUCUGGGAUCUGAUGCCCCAGCCCGACAAGGUCAAGGAGAUGCUGUCCCAGCAGAUCCAGGAGGAGGGUCUCCGCACUUACCUCUUCACCUACGCCCCCUUCUACGACAGCCUCUCCAUCUCCACCCUGUCUACCAUGUUCGAGCUCCCCGAGAAGAAGAUCGCCGCUAUCAUCAGCCGUAUGAUCUCUCACGAGGAACUGGCCGCUGCUCUCGACCAGGUCAACGACGCCAUUGUUUUCCGCAAGGGUGUUGAGCUGUCCCGUCUCCAGUCCCAGAUCGUUACCCUCGCCGACAAGUCGAUGAACCUUCUGGAGUCCAACGAGAAGACUCUCGAGCAGCGUACGCAAGGCAUGGCCAACGCCUUCCAGCGCGAUCAGGGCGCCGGCGCCCGUGGUGGCCGUGGUCCUCGAGGUGCUGGCCAAGCCCGUGGUGGUCCCAGAUUCCCUGGUGGCCAACAAGGGCGUCGGCCUGGUGGACAGCAGUUUGGCGGUGGUGCAUUGGGCGGAGCGAUCAAGGCAUAAAAAUGAUUUCUAAUGGCAUUGAUUUCUUUUUUCAUGGUUCUAAUGCUCCCUUUUCUUGGAAUUUAAACUGCGUAUGAUUCCAUGUGUGCUCUUACCCAUCAUGGUUCCUUUUUUCUUCAACUUUUUCUUUCCCGUUGGGCCACUCUAGCCCUUUCUACUUAGAGUUCUCCUACUGUCAUGCAUACCGUAUUUUUACUCUCCGCAGAUGAAUAUCACGUUUGGAAUGAACGAUGGACAUACAGAGCCUGAAAAGUCUAGAUUGUGUAUCAAAGGUUGAAAAUCAAUGCAC